CUGACGGCGGUUGCGAUUAGCUCUCCAAUAAAAUGGAAGGUGUAAAGCGAUCUGGCUGCAGGUUAGUAGUUGAGUAUAAUUUGGAUCUCUAGCGUGUGCGGUACAACUGAAAGCAGUGCGGAUAUGACGGCGGAAAUAAAUACGGGUCCAAUGAUUGGCCAGCGACAUUUGCAGGCCUUUUUGCUGUUUCUGUCGAUUGUGGUCAACUAUAUGGCCAAGUUCAAUGCUGGAGUGGCGGUUGUGGCAAUGACAAAUGCCGAGAAUACUAACCCAAACUUUCCGGAGUACGAUUGGAACGAAAUGGAGCGGUCGUACAUCCUCUCCAGCUUCUUCUGGGGCUACAUAUUAACGCAAUUUCUGGGCGGAUGGCUGUGCAGGCGCUAUGGAGCCAGGAUCACCAUGUUUGUGUCCACCAUCGGAUCGGCUCUCCUGGCUCUUCCCCCCUGGUGUGUUUCCUGGGGUGGCUGGCAGGCUUAUUGCGCCAUUCGGAUGUCCAUGGGUCUCUUCCAGGGCUUCCUGUUUCCCUGCAUCCACGCCCACUUGGCCAACUGGUGUCCGGUGAACGAGAGGAAUCGACUGGGAGCCCUGGCCAAUACGGGCAUUGAUUGCGGAACUCUGGUGGCCAUGUUUGCCAGUGGAUUACUGGCAGCCUCAAGCGCUGGUUGGCCCGGAAUCUUCUACGUGUCCUGUGGUGUUGGGAUUUUCUGGUGCAUCAUCUGGUGGAUUUUCGGAGCCAACACCCCCAGGGAGUCUAAAUUUAUCAGCGAAGCGGAACUGAACUAUAUUGAGACAUCGAUCAACUCCAGUCGCAAGGCGGAGGAGGCCGAGGAGAAGGCGACUGGAAGAAUUCCGGUUCCGUGGAAGGCGAUUUGGACCUCGGUGCCUUUCUGGGCCUUGAUGAUCACCAGAUGCUGUCAGUCAUGGGGAUAUUCCACCCUCCAAACCGAGAUGCCCGCCUAUAUGAAUGGAGUCCUGCUGAUGGACAUGAAGAAAAAUGCCCUUUACUCGGCUUUGCCUUAUCUAACCUCCUGGAUUAUGGCCUUUGUUUACCUGAUCAUUGCGGAUAUCCUGCUGACCAGGGGCAUUAUGUCCAUCACUGGGAUACGCAAGGGAGUGAACUCGAUAGCCUUCUUUGUGCCCGCGGCUGCGCUGAUCGGAGUCAGCUUCUUGGAUAGCACACAGAAAACGUUGGCUGUGGUUCUGAUGUGCGCGAAUGUGGGAAUCAACGCUGGUUCCACAAUCGGCAGUACCAUAAACACCAUCGACUUGUCACCGAACCAUGCUGGCAUUCUUAUGGGAAUUAUUAAUACGGCUGCUAACGUUGUGCCUAUCCUAACGCCACUCCUUGUGGGAAUCAUUGUCAAGGAUGAUCACGAUCGCGAACAGUGGCAAAUUGUAUUCAUCAUAUCCGCCGUCAUCUUCUUUGUGGGCAAUAUAAUCUAUCUAGCCUUUGGUCAGAUGGUUAAUCAGCCUUGGGAUGCACCCGACUUUAUGGACAAGCAAAGAUCCCCAAAUCUACAAGAAGAGGGAAGUGCCAAGGCUUUGGAAGCGAAGCAGAGUGAGAAAUUGGAGGAAGCGAAGCGAAAGGAGAGUGAAGCUGGUUUAGAGAGCAAGGAACCCAACGAAAGCGACGUAAACGAGGAGAAUCCUAGCAGGAACGAUAUUUGAGAUCAUGGGAAAAUCGAACUAACUAUAACUCGAAAACCCCUUAGCAUUUUACUCACGGCUGGCCCGGAGCUCUUUUUUAUCAAGAGUCUUUAAUACAAUAGCUAUAAAUAAGUCAUUUGUCUUCCCAAUGAGUAUUUUAAGAUGUAAAUAUAGAAACUAUAAGUGAAUAACA